AUGUUUGGCAAAAAACCAAUAAGACACGAUGAUGACGAUCAACAUGAUAUCAACGCUCGUCAAGGACUUCUUCUAAUUUGGCUAGAUAGCAAUUUUGAUCCGAGAAGUUUCGAGCAUAUAACUUCAAUCGCUCUGUUUCAACAAAUUAUUCCCACUGUUAAACCAUGCACUGACAAAAAGCAUUGUAUGAGAUAUAUUCAAAGCGCGCAAGAGUGUAAAAUAUUCUUGAUUAGUUCCGGUUCUUUUGGCGAAGAAGUUGUUCCAAAUGUUCAUGAUAUGCCUCAAAUCGAUAGUAUAUUUAUCUUUUGCGGCAAUAAGCCAAGACAUGAACAAUGGGCUCGUAAGUGGUCUAAAGUUCGAGGUGUGUUCACUGAACCAAUAUCAAUCUGUAAAGCUUUGCAAAUGGCAAUCGACGAAUCCGAAGCUGCGGAUAUCCCGGUACAUAUAAUGUCAUCUAGUAAGACUCCUACGGAUAAAAGUAAAGAUACUCUGGAUCCGAUAUUCAUGUACACUAAAAUUGCGAAAGAAAUUCUGUUAACAAUUCAAUUCAAUGACGAACAGAUCAAGCAAUUUACUGAUCACUGUCGUGAACUAUAUGCUGAUGAUACUCACGAAUUAGAGAAUAUCGAAUGGCUUGAAAAAGAAUAUCGUGACCAAACAGCGAUCUGGUGGUAUACAUGUGAUUGCUUCUUAUACCGUCUUGUCAAUCGUGCUUUACGAGAAAUGGAUAUGAUGACUAUUAUAGAAACGGGCUUUUUUAUUGCUGAUCUUCAUCGAGAAAUCGAACAGUUACACAGCGAACAAUAUGGUAAACAUGGUUUUAACAAAACUUUCAAAGUUUUCCGUGGACAGAGCAUGCCUAAAGAAGAGCUGGCGAAGUUAACGAAUAAACUUGGUGGUCUAAUUUCAUUUAACAAAUUUUUAUCAACUGGCAGAGAUCGGCAAGCUGCUCUCCGGUUCGCUCAUCAUGGGUUUGGAAAGCAUGGCUUCGUUGGAGUUCUGUUCACGAUUAUAGUUGAUCCGUCUCAACCGAAUCAAGUGCCAUUUGCUUCCCUAGCCAACAAUAGUUAUUACACAGAAUCAGAUGAGAUUCUAUUUUCAACGCACACAAUCUUUCGUAUUCUUGAUAUCAAACCAGUUGAUCGAGGUCAGCGCGUGUUCGAAGUAACUAUGACACUUACCAACGAUACUGAUGAAUCGCUCGAACAGCUCGCAGCUAGUAUACACGAAGAGAUGAAUUCAAUUCCAAAUGCGUGGUGCAAAUUAGUUCAAUUAUUGACUAAAAUAGGCCAAUUCAAACAAGCCGAACAAAUGAGCUAUAGACUUCUUCGAACACUGAAAGAUGACUCUGAGAAAGUAUAUAUUUACAAACAACUAGGGUCGAUUAAAGCUGAUCAGCACGAUUACGACAAAGCAUUAGAAUACUAUAAUCGCGCUGUUGAAAUUCAACACAGUAUCCUCCCUUCAGAUGAUCUUCAGUUAGCAUCCUCCUAUGACAAUAUCAGUAGGAUAUAUCAGAACAUGGAAGAUCAUUCGCAAGCACUUUCACUAUUGGAAAAAGCACUUAAAAUCAAACGAAAGAUACUUCCAGACGCUCAUCUCGAUUUGGCUUCUUCAUAUGAGAAUAUCGGUGAAUUACAUUCCAAGAUGAACAAUUACACAGAAGCAUUGUCAUAUUACGAAAAAGCCUUAAAGAUUCGAGCUAAAUCUCUUCCUCCAGAUCAUCCUGAUUUAGCAAUAAUGUACACGCGUAACGGUACGGCACUCAAUCAUAUUGGGAAAUACGAAGAAGCACUGCAUAACUUUCAGAAAGCGCUUAACAUCCAACAAAAGUUAUUGCCUCCUAAUCAUCCCGAUAUAGCAACAUCAUACACUCAUAUAGGCAUGACGUUCAACCAUAUGACCAAUUAUCAAGACGCUUUACAUAACUAUGAGCAAGCACUGAAAAUUCAACAAGCAACUCUGCCUCCAAACCAUCCUUUAUUAGCUGCUUCGUAUGACAAUAUCGGUUCUAUAUUUCUGAGUAUGGGUCAAUGGCAAGAAGCAUUGGGUUCUUACGAAAAAGCAUUGCAUAUUAAACAGAACUAUCUUUCUCCUGGCCAACUACUUCCAGCUGCCGAAUAUUACAAGAUUGGUAUGGCAUUUAGACAUGCAAAAGACUAUGAGAGAGCGCUUUCAUUUUUUGAAAAAGCGUUGGAAAUUCAACAAAAAGCACCGACUUCAGAUGAUCCCACAAUUGAGGAUUGUAACAAAAACAUAGAGAAGAUGAAAGCAAAACUACCAUUGAAAUUUUGA